AUGACUUAUACAAGGUACCCAAACCCAAAGGUACCUAAACAAGUUUCGCAGACAAGUUCAUAUCUCUUAAACGGUUAUAAGAGAGGUUUAUACUCUACAUUAAAGAUGGCAGAAAAUAAGCCGGGUGAGCCAGAGGUGGAAGAUGAAUUCUCAGUAGAGAAAGUCUUAGACCGAAGAGUAAGGAAUGGAAAGGUGGAAUAUUUUUUGAAAUGGAAGGGAUACAGUGAUGAAGACAACACAUGGGAGCCAGAGGAAAACCUUGAUUGUCCCGACCUUAUACAAGCCUUUGAGGAAGCAAGGAAAAAAAGAGAAGCUGAGGGUAAAAUCAGUAAAACUGAAAAGGAUCCAAAAAAGCGUAAGUCUUCUUCAGCAGCGACCCCUGAUCUAAAGGGGGCCAAGAAGACUAAAACCGAUGACAAAAGGGCGUCAGGCUUUGAUCGCGGUCUCGAGCCUGAAAAAAAUUAUUGGUGCGACGGACAGCAGCGUAUAGGUCUACCACAAAUAACAUCAAUUUUCACCAAGAUUGCUACAAUUGUAGCAAUGGGAAACAUUUUUCUAGAUACCAGUGAUUAA